CAUUCAUGGGUGAAGAAAACCACACCCAUGUGACUGACUUUGUCUUUCUGGGCCUUGCACAGGAUCCACAGACACAGCAGCUGCUCUUUGUCCUCUUUCUGAUCAUCUACCUGCUCACCGUGCUGGGAAACCUGCUCAUCAUUGUGCUCAUUCACAUCGACUCCAGGCUACACACACCCAUGUACUUUUUCCUGAGAAACUUGUCCUUUGCUGAUCUCUGUUUUUCCACAACCACAGUGCCCCAGGUGCUAGUACACUUCCUGGUAAAGAGGAAAACUAUUUCCUUUGCUGGAUGCUCAAUGCAGAUGGUAGUUUUACUUCUGGUUGGGUGUACAGAGUGUGCACUGCUGGCGGUGAUGUCCUAUGACCGGUACGUGGCUGUGUGCAAGCCCCUGCACUACUCCACCAUCAUGACACGUUGGGUGUGUGUCCAGUUGGCCCUAGGGUCCUGGGGCACUGGGGCAAUUGGGUCUCUGGUGGACACCACAUUUACAUUGUGUCUGCCCUAUCGAGGAAGUAAUAACAUUAACCAUUAUUUUUGUGAGCCUCCUGCCCUCCUGAAGCUGGCUUCAGCUGACACCUACAGUGCUGAGAUGGCCAUAUUUGGAAUGGGCGUGGUGAUCCUCCUGGUUCCUUUUAUCCUCAUCCUGGUCUCCUAUGGGAACAUCAUCUCCACUGUGAUCCGGAUGCAGGCAGGGGAGGGGAGGCUCAAGGUCUUCUCUACCUGUGGCUCCCACCUCACUGUGGUUGUUCUUUUCUAUGGCUCAGCAAUAUUUGCUUCCAUGAGGCUGAACUCCAAGUCCAUGAAUGAAAAGGAUAAGAUGAUCUCUGUGUUCUACUCAGCAGUGACACCCAUGCUGAACCCCAUCAUUUACAGUCUGAGGAACAAGGAUGUCACAGGGGCUCUCAGGAGAAUAACUACAAAAUUCUCUUAUUAG